CACUACGCAUGAGUUACGUAAUCAAAACAUUUCUUUUGGCUAGUUCCUCGUAAUUAGUAAACAGCUAUUGUGUUUUGUACACGGUUGAGGCCCAAAAAGAGAACAAAAACAUCCAACAAAGAACUUUGUCGAGUGUCAUAACCAUUCCCCUCUAUUAACCAUUUCUAAUUCGAGGACUCUCUCCGGCCGCCAUUUUAAUGUCACGCAAUGCAAACAGUUUAGUAUUAAAAUUCAGCGUGAAUGCUCUAUCACAAUGCAAAUAACCAUGUUGAGCGGGGAAAAGAAAAUUGUGAAACGUCAGGUUCUUAGCGGAUUUUACAUCUGAUGAAACUAAGAACUCAGAGGGAUUUGUGUCAUGAUCUCUUGAUCUUUUAUUUAUCAUGAUUUAUGCAUUAUUUUUCAUUUCCAGCAAUACACGACAACAAGAAUUGCAUUACUUUUUCCUGGUGUUUGGCGCCUGUGUAGCCCCAGUCCUCCCACCACUUCACGCUGACUCCGUAAUCAGCAAUUUGUGUUUUGAAAUGGAUAGGAGAGUUACUUCCCCAAUGGAAUCAUGUUUAAAUGAUGGCAAAGACUCAGUUGGUCAGCUGACAAAACGUAGAUCGUGGAUGGUAUGCAAUGCCAAUGGAUGCUAUCGACCUGGAGCUGGAGAAGCAAGGCCAAGGACGAGAUCAUUAAAUCCUCCUCAACCAAUGCCCAACUUUGGAAGGAAAGGACAUCUGUGGGAAGGUGAAACUCAUUGCAGCAGCCAUGUAGAUCCCUCAGAACAUUUCCUGGCCUGGGCCAAUCCAGCUCUCAAUGUAUUAGUAAUAAAAAAAGUCUUGGACCAGGAAGUUACUAAGUGCUUCAAAGAACUCACGCGAUGGCUAAUAGAAGAGAGAAAAAUGGUGAUAUACGCGGAAUCAUCAGCUGUUGAUGAUCCUAUGGUGCUUAAGGAUGAAAAGUUUGCAGCAGUCAGGUCGCAAAUUUGUAUUUUCAAAGAAGGCGAGCAGCUUGAUGACAAAAUUGACUUCAUCGUCUGCAUGGGAGGGGACGGUACACUUUUGCACGCGUCGUCUCUGUUUCAGUUCAGCUGCCCUCCUGUUAUGGCAUUUCAUCUCGGUUCUUUAGGAUUCCUAACGUCGUUUAGGUUUCAAGAUUUCCGAGAAAAAGUAACAAACAUUUUAGAAGGUCACGCGUGCUUAACCUUAAGGAGUAGACUACAGUGUGACUUUAUACAGCGUGACAAGGAUGACAAAAGCAAAAACAAGAAGUCACGUUAUCUGGUUUUGAACGAAGUAGUUGUUGACCGUGGUCCGUCCUCGUAUCUUACAAACUUGGAAAUAUAUUGCAAUGAUCAUCACAUCACAUCUGUACAAGGAGACGGUCUUAUCGUGUCCACUCCAACUGGUAGUACAGCUUAUGCAGUAGCCGCAGGAGCUUCAAUGGUUCACCCCAGCGUGGCUGCCAUCUUAGUGACCCCUGUCUGUCCGCACUCCCUCUCGUUUAGGCCAAUCAUCCUUCCUGCCGGAGUAGAAAUCAAGAUCGUAGUUAGUUCGGGUAGCAGAAGCUCUGCAUGGACGUCUUUUGAUGGGAGAAAACGUCAAGAACUUCGCCUAGGAGAUAGUAUCCAUAUUACGACGUCCAUCUAUCCUGUGCCGUGUGUAAAUAGUGAUAAUCAAAUAGCCGACUGGUUUGGAAGUCUGGCGGAAUGCCUUCACUGGAAUGUAAGACAGAGGCAACGACAACUCUCAAUUACGGACUGCCAUGUGUGAUUCCAUCUAACCUCUUGCAGGCGUUCAGUUAAUUUGGGGCGCAGCGCGAAAAUUGGCGAGCGAAAAACUAACUGAACGCCAGGAAGAGGCUAGAUUCCAUCAUAACAAGAAUCUCUUUGGAAACAGUAUAUUUCCUAAGGAUCUACCUCCACACCCGUACAACUCAUGGUAGCGCAUGCACUUCACGUAUCUUAAACACACAUAAGUUCGUGGUUACCACGCUCAAAACAACAACGCGUUGAAUGUCGAACGCCUGGUCCAACGGUCUGGUCGCAUAUGAUGGCUGUUUUUUUUUCCGCUUCAGUGAAGAAAUGAAGUAAAACUAACAAGUGGCCGUUUGCAUUAGUGGCAUGGAUAUCGAGAAGUAGGGAGUCAGUGAAAUCUUACCGACAGUUGAAGUCAUCUAAAUGUUACGACAUAGCCAUGCGAGAAAGAAUUAGCUCCAUAAUAUUAUUAGGCCUCUACCUGAUAGGUAAUCAUAUUUAAUUAAUCUCAUGCAGCCGCUUUUCUCAGAUACAGCCGUUGUGUAUAACCCGAGAAGUUCAUUUCCAAUUUCUAAAAAUGAAAUUUCGCAGGGUAUAUAUAUGUAAAAAGUAACACCAUAAUUCUCUUAAAUGUGCAGGUUUAGCCUUGUAUGAACUUCAUAAUUAUUUCAAUCUCUUUGGUCUAGUGGCACAAUUGAAUUAAAUGUACAUGUAGCCAGCUUGUAUUUGAGUGUGGCGUGUACUGGUCGAAUUUAAGACAAAAUUUGAGGCCAAUGGAAACGAGGUUACUGUUUACAAACAAAAAAAGCAAUCUGCACUGUUGUGUUUUACCUAAAACACUAAGUUUUGUAAACUUAGAACAAGGCAUUCUAAAUGCAGACCUUGUGAAUACGAUCGUUUUUUUUU